UCUCUUCAACGUGGGCGGGCUUUAAUCUUCUCUAAUUCAAUUAACCUUGCGACACACCUAUUUUUGCAAUCUUAUGUGUUGUUCGUCAGCUGUUUAUUAACCAUGGGAGACCAAAUUUACACCAAUUACCCUCCUCCGUUGAACCCCGCACAGAAGGAAUACUUGGUGGCAACCAUCAAAGAUUGGGCCACGCAGAAUGGUCUACUGGUUCGCCCUGCACCUACCUUGGUCCCAAAGGAAAUUGAUCCCUCUGGAGUCCUCGCGACGAAUGCCCCAGUAACUCUCUUUCCCAGCCCUUUUCCGAAAACCUGCUUCGAGGAGGCGAAAGCUUUGCAAACUGUAUAUAAUCGGCUCUAUGCUGCGAUAACAUGUAACGAAGAAUGGAUUGGCAAGAUCAUGGAAGAUCUCAUUGACGUGGACGACUUCAUUUCACACUUGUGGAAAGUUCAUCUUUCAGUCAAGAAAGAGGGAUAUGCCCAAACUUUAUCGCUCGGACUCUAUCGAUCGGAUUACAUGGUUAAUGCGCCGCCUCACUCGACAACUCCGUCCUUGAAGCAGGUGGAAUUCAACACCAUUUCAUCGUCAUUCGGAGGCUUGUCAUCUCUUGUGACGUCGUUGCACACCGAACUUCUUAAUUCCCCCCCCGGUUGUCCGAUUGCCUAUCCAUCUCACCCAUUGUUCAAUUCGAAUGUGCCACCUGAAAAUACAGCUGUGGAGACUCUUUCUGCAGGGUUGGCUGCGGCACACAAUGCUUAUGGGCCAUCGAAGGCAACACCAACUCUUCCCACGUGUGUUUUAUUCUUGGUUCAAGAGAAUGAGAGAAAUACAUUCGAUCAGUUGGCGCUUUUUAGGCAAUUGACAAAAGUUCACAAGAUACCCGUCUUCCGUCUGAUUAGCUCCGAGAUCCUGGACCACACAUCGAUCCCCAACUCUAAUCCGUCACGACCUCUUAUAUACUCGCCGCCUCACUCCCCAGAUACGCAAUUCGAGGUCACGACAGCUUAUCUUCGCUGCUUUUACGCACCGAGCGACUACAAGUCGGAGCGUGAUUGGGAAGCACGGACUCACGUCGAGCGUUCUGCGGCGAUCAAAUGUCCAACCGUCCUGAACCAGCUGUCCGGUUGUAAAGUUGUACAACAGGUUCUGGCUGAAACCACGGGCCCAGAUCACCUUGCAAGCUUCUUAUCUGACACCGACCCGGCUACUGUUGCACGGAUUCGGGCAACCUUUGCACCUCAGUAUGAUCUAUCCUCUAGUGGGCGUGGAAGGGACCUUGCGUUGAAUAUCGAAACAGCCAUGAACCAUGUUUUGAAGCCCCAGCGUGAGGGAGGCGGCAACAACAUCUACAAGGAAACCAUUCCUGAUUUCUUGCGCUCUAUCCCCGAAAGCGAAUGGAAGCGUUGGAUUCUUAUGGAACUGAUUAGACCACCCCCUGAGGCGAAGAAUGUAGCCUUGAGAAGCGAUGGCGAGGUCCUCAGUGGUAAUGUCAUCGGAGAACUGGGUGUCUACGGAACUAUUCUGUGGGAUCAGGCGGGUGGAAAGAUUUCUCACAACGAGCAAGGCGGAUGGCUGAUGAGAACUAAGUCGAACGAUGUUAACGAGGGAGGGGUUGCAACUGGAUUCUCCAGUUUAGACAGCAUUCUUCUAUAUUAAUUUUAGUAAAGUAGACUAGUGUGCGAUUUAGAGCUAUUAUAGUGAAUUCUAUAUUGUCGUUCGCUUACGCGAAAUAUAUCAUGAGAGAAUACCGUUAUCAUUCACUGCUAGUUGAC